AUGAGUGCAACUACUACUUUACGUAAGCGUGCUUCCAAGAGUGUUGGUGAGUCUGGUGGCCGGAAUGAUGGAUCCAUACAUGCGCAUGGUGAAGAGAAAUCUGAGAAGCUUUUAUGGCAUUUCAAUGAGCUCCCUGAAUGGCAAAAGGACAACGAUAAGAUUUUGCGUGGGUACGUGCGUGAAACAAACUCCUUUAAAAGAUGUUUGCAAUCACUACUAUACUUGAACAACGAGUCUGUGAACAUAUAUACACACUUGAUUCCAGCAGUAUUUUAUAUAUCGCUGUCGUUAUAUCUGGCAAAUGUGUUUCUUAUCCCAGUCUAUCCAUCAACUUCUAGUGUUGACUACGUUAUAAUUAACGUGUUUUUCCUGGGUGCCUUCUUCUGUCUGCUCUGCAGCAGCUGCUUCCAUUGUAUGAAACAACAUUCUGAGUCACAGUGUAAUGUCUGGAGUAAGCUCGACUAUUUGGGAAUUAUCUGUUUGAUCUCGUGUUCCACAGUUCCAAUGAUAUAUUACGGUUAUUUCGACCACAUUUCAGAAUUCACAAUCUUCACAGGUAUAACUCUAUUGUUGGCUAUAGGCUGCUCUGUAUUUGUCUUGACGGAUAAGUUCAAUACUACUGAGUAUAGACCUAUCCGUGCCUCAUUUUUCACCUUAUUUGGUUUUAGUGGAAUUAUCCCACUAGGAGCAGGAUUCCUAAAAUUUGGCGCAGAAGGUGUACUACAACGUAUCAGUUUGCCAUUUAUAGGUUUAGAAGCCUUGUUCUAUAUAUCAGGAGCAAUUAUAUACGGAUUCAGAUUCCCAGAAACAAUAGCUCCUGGCAAAUUUGACUUCUUCGGUAGCUCGCAUCAAAUAUUUCACAUCAUGGUGGUUUUGGGUUCAAUUUGCCAUCUGUUUGCAAUGGUUGAAUCUUACCAUUUGAUUCACUCAAACUUUCUGAGACCCGUGUAA